AAAUACACACAUAUAAGCCAGAAGUCAGAUGACCUGAAAAGAGAGCGGUAGUGAAAUAUCGACACGUUGACAAAUCUGAUAUUUUUAUAAAUUUACUUUGACGUUUAUGUAUAAGUAUAUGUUAAAAUAAAUAUUUUAAUACAUAAACACUGAUAAUAAAUACCGGUUAUUGUUUAUUCCAAAAAGUUGGACAACUUUUAAUUAAAGUACUUAAUUAAAUGUAAAAAUGAAGUGAAGGUCACAUAUUGGAAGCCUUUAAUUGCUUGGUAAUUAAUUUUAUUGUCAGUCAACUCUGAAGAUGAGGGUCAUACAGCUCAGGAGAAAUGCCAGGCUUAUUACUGUUGUUAUAUUGGGACUGCUGAUGUUUUAUGCUACUUAUUCUAUUAUGAAUGAUGAUUAUGGUAGAAGUCUCAAUGUUCCAGUUCUAGUAGAAGGCCCAGGAAACUUCGAGCCUCAAAACCUAGAGCAGCGAAGCGGUCCAGGUGAAGGAGGCAAGCCACACGUUUUGCGUGACGACCAGCAGAACGACGUGCAGCAAUCAGAAUCCGACUACGGAAUGAACAUGGUCUGUUCCGACGAAAUUUCUCUAGAUCGUUCAAUCCCAGACUUGCGACCGGAGGAAUGCAAGCACUGGGACUACCCGAAGAAGCUUCCGUCCACGAGUGUGAUAAUCGUCUUCCACAACGAGGGUUGGUCCGUGUUGAUGCGAACAGUGCACAGCGUGAUCAACCGCACUCCCCCAGAAUUCCUCGAAGAAAUCCUACUAGUCGACGACUACUCCGACAAGGAGAACCUGAAGGGUGAGCUGGAAGCCUACAUCGACAAGUGGAACGGCAAGGUGCGUCUGCUCCGAAAUGAAGAGCGUCAAGGUUUAAUCCGCACCAGAUCCCGAGGAGCUCGCGAAGCCCGAGGGGAAGUGAUCGUCUUCCUAGACGCGCACUGCGAAGUGAACAUAAACUGGCUGCCACCCCUGCUGGCGCCGAUCGCCGUCGACCGGACCGUGAUGACAGUCCCCAUAAUCGACGGGGUCGACCACAAGACCUUCGAGUACCGGUCAGUCUACCAGGAAGGCCACCUGUACCGCGGGAUCUUCGAGUGGGGGAUGCUCUACAAGGAGAACGAGCUUCCUAAACGCGAGAGCAAGCGCCGGGAGUACUCCAGCAUGCCCUACAGGUCUCCCACCCACGCAGGAGGGCUCUUUGCGAUCAACCGUAAAUAUUUCCUGUCUCUUGGCGGCUACGACGAAGGUCUCCUCGUCUGGGGCGGAGAAAACUUCGAGCUCUCCUUCAAGAUCUGGCAGUGUGGCGGCAGCAUCCUCUGGGUACCCUGCUCUCACGUGGGUCACGUCUACCGCGGGUUCAUGCCCUACACUUUCGGAAAACUCGCGGAUAAAAAGAAAGGCCCGCUCAUCACGAUAAACUACAAGCGGGUCAUCGAGACCUGGUUCGAUGAAAAGCACAAGGAGUUCUUCUACACUCGCGAACCUCUCGCGAGACUCCUGGACCAUGGAGACAUUACAGAGCAGCUUAAAUUUAAAGAGCGAAAGAAGUGCAAGAGUUUCCAGUGGUACAUAGAUAAUAUUGCGUAUGAUGUUCUGGACAAAUUCCCGGAGCUUCCGCCGAAUAUCCACUGGGGAGAGCUCAGGAACGUUGCCACCACCGCCUGCUUGGACACUAUGGGCCACAGUCCGCCCAGCUUGAUGGCCACUUCUCAUUGUCAUGGCUUUGGGAAUAAUCAACUCAUCAGGCUGAACUCUCAGGGACAAAUGGGCGUGGGUGAGAGGUGUGUAGAAGCUGAUAAUCAAGGAAUCAAACUCUCCUUCUGCAGACUUGGCACUGUUGAUGGACCCUGGGAGUAUGAUGAGAAGACUAAAAGUCUUUUGCAUAAGGUUCACAAGAAGUGCAUCGCGCUGCAUCCUCAGACUAACCAUCUUUCUCUCAUGCCUUGUGAUUAUGAGAAUACUUAUAAUCAAUGGACCUUCCAUCCUAUUCAUCCAAGAUGGUGAUUUUUUUUUUCUGUUGAAUUUUAUCUUACUCAGCCGAACAAUCAGUACUUAAGACACUGGUCCAUUUUUUUUAAGAUGUUCUGGAGCUUAACUUUUUUAAAAAAAUUGGAUAAUUAUUUACAAGUGGGGUCUAUUAUU